UCGUAGUUUGUACAUUCCAGUUCAUGGACUUUGCGCUGCGCAUCCUUGUGUCUAAUUUUCAGGUCAUGGAGUUGGCUCUUCACCUCUGUGAAUUCAUCGAGCUCGCCCUGCAACUCCUGUUCCGUCUUUGUCUUUCUCUGUUUCCUCUGAAGUGCCGCCUUAGACAUCUUUAAAUGUUUGAAUGCUCGAAUGCUGUUUACAAAUUCACUCCUCGACUUAAAGUGUUCUGCUGAAGUUUGUCGUGGUUACUUAUAGGUACGCCACCUUCACGGCCCCUGAUGGUAACAUCAAAGCUUUGAUGUUGCAACAUGUUGCAACAUCAAAGCUUUGAUGUUACCAUCAGGGGCCGUGAAGGUGACGUAAGAUUCUAACGACGUAACCAAGGUUACGGUAAACAUUGCAUUAUGAAAAUUAGAUUGUCACGUGACAUGUGUUCAUUUUAUUGUAAAUACAUUUGCAGGGUUUGACCAGUGUUGCUAACUUACCGACUUUGUCGCUAGAUUUAGCAGCUUUUCAGACCUGAUGUCGGAGACUUUUAGAGUUUUUUGUUAACCUGAAAUCCUCCGCUAUUCGCCGUGUUUUCGGUGCAUACAGCCUUCGUACAGCGUCUGUUCAGACGCUUUGACAUCGCCCGGACCCCCGAGAGUACUUGGCUGUUGGUACGUACCGUAAGUCACGUGACCUUAAUGGGUCUGUUCGCUUGCUCGUGAUGCAGCCGGUGGAUCUGCACCGCAGAGCUUCUCUAAGGUAAGAGCUGUAAGCCGUUCUGUUAAAUAUUCUUCAUUCAUGGCAUUACCUGUGCAGUAAAGUUAUCCUGCUAGGAGAUAAUUAAGGUUUUAUUUAUUUUUUAUUCUGAAAUGCGAGAUUGUGGCAGCGGAGUUAGCUCAUAGCACAUUAGCUACUGGCGUAUUAGCUAACACAGCGGGAAGCUGUGAGGUUAAAAGGGGAAAAAAAGCUCCUCCGGGAUUUAUUUCGGUGGGGAAGGCGAGGUGAUUUGGUUAGCUGUCCAGGUAGCUACGAAGCUGAAGUUGGUUUCCGAUUGCAGCUUCCGAUUCGGGAAAUGGCUAAAGGGCCAUUCCACUUAAUUUUUGACUGACUGACUGGAUGCUAUCUGCUGGGUUUCCUCAGAUGUAGAAACUGCUUGGAAUGAAUGUGAAUAAUAAUUUAAACUUUACUGCUUGUUUGAUUACUAUUAUCAAUUGAAAUGUAUGUAUUAUUAGGUUUAAUUGACCUUCGGCCAAAAGGAACAUGGAGACCCUUAAAAAUGUUACCAACAUUUCAUGGUGUCAGAAGUGGGAUUUGAGGUAAAAAGAUGGACAGUACCAAAGACCUGGAGACAUGACCUGCUUUUCAGAACGCACCAAAGCCGCGGCCAAAAUUCAGGACAGGUUAUCUCCACCUGCAGACUCAGUAUUGGUGGGUCUGUACUCGAUGAUCUGAGAGGAAAAAAACAACCAGUAAAUUCACCUGUAAGAUUUGAUGUGAAAGACAGUGUGGAGGUGAUACCCAGCUCUAAUCCUGACUCACUGCAGGAUUUAGAUGAAGAUUUGUAUGUUUGCCUUUUAAAAGACUCACAGACCGACGGUCCAUGUCAGGAAUCGUUUUUUAAGUGGACACCUGACGAGAUCACGCUGCAGGAUAAGAGCGAAGACCUCCUCUUGUCAGAAGAGCUCAUUGCAGUCAAUCACCUGGCAGAGUUUAAGAGGCAUUUACCCACGCACAUCAUGUUGUCCAGAUUGAGGACACUUGCUGUAGCUGAGCCUCUGCUGAGCUCAUCGGGAGACACCAUCUCAGAAAACAACAUGUUCAGCUGUUUUGAGGACUGCACAUGUUAUGAAAAACUUCCAGAGGUGGACGCCACCGAUGUUCAGACGUGUGCAGACAUUCAAGAGGAGUUUGUUAAAGAGCCACUCGUGAAGGGAGAGUUGUUGCUGUUGCCUGCUGUAGUGGAUGUUCAUCAGCUGACCACAGAAAACUGCACAGCGUUUUCAAGCAUCUGCAGUCGUGCGAAUGUUUGCACUGAGCUGAUGGAUGAGGAGGUUCCAGUCCUAGAUGUGCUGCAAAAAGCUUCUCUUUCAAAUCCUUCAGUGGAGAUUUCCAAGUUUGAUGUACCUGAAGAAUCCAAGAUGAGUGGAGGUGUGAUUGAGUCAGAAUUUGCAGGAUGUGAUGCGCUUCCAGCCGAAAUGGAGCUGGAGUCGACUCUGACCCCGACUCCCCUGAAGAGACAAACUCACAUCUGUCCGUCCACCUCUGAACUCCAGAAGGAAGAGCUGUCUCCUUGUUCUUGUUCGGUUGGAUCUUUGGUGUCACCAAGAGCUCAGAAAGAGAUGAAGGUGGCACUUUGGAAGGCAGAGAAGCACCCGGCCUUUGUGGUGGGCUUUCUGUUAUCAGAGCCUCAAAUUUAUGAGUCAGCUGUUGACUUCCAGCCUCUGUGGGAAGCCUUAAAAGUUACCAAAUUGGAGAAAGAAAGUUUUAUCAGCACUGCUGACAGACUGGAGAUGGGAGUCCUGCAGUUAUCUUUGAGCUGCUGCUCUGAGUUCACAGAGAGCUUGAAGUCUGAGUUUCCCUCCACCAGAGAGGAAACGGUGGAAGAUUUCAGCAAACUGCCACCUGAACACGUGGAGGUUGACUCCAUUCUAAUAAAGCCCACAACUGAAGCUCUUCUCCAAAAGAUUCAAGAACAAACUGCUGUUGAUUUAUCUCUGAACGUCUCCCAGAAGCCUGCGCUCAGCACGGUGAAUAAGGACGUGAAACCAGCUGCUGCCAUCAGCGCCAAAGAUGUCAUUGGUAACAAGAUGUUCUCAGAAGCUGCAGCCUGUUCUUCAGCUCAUAAGAAAGUCACCAACAGAGAAGGAAAUGACUAUAAUAUAGAGCUGAGUGCCCACAUUUCUGAGCAAGCUGUCCCCUCCACACUAAAUACCAGAGAUGGUCACAGAGGUUUGCUGUUUACAAGACAUCCACCAGAGCUGGACCUCGACCCCCUGGCCACAUUCAUGAUGCUGAGGUCUCAGCAGAUCGCUCCCAUUACUGCACCACCUCAGAGCCCAGCCAGCACUGCAGAGGACAUUGUUUCAAAGAAGGCUCUAGAGAUCUCAGCGCCUGAGGUGAACCAACAAACACCAUCGUCACAGCUGCAGCCUUCUCUGGUGCAGAAUCAAACACUGGAUGCGAGGCCAGCCAACACGAGUGCUGCGUCUUCCAGAAAUGCUUCCAGAGAGGAAAAACCCGCUGCUCCGUGGACGGGUCAACUCCUUGGAAAACCACAGCAGAGACAGGAAAGCCAAGUAGUUAAGGUCAAAGCUACAGACAGCCAGCAGCGAGCCUACUGUGAGCUCCUGGCCUUCGCUCAGCCUUGUCUGAGCUCUGCCAGACAGCUGGGGCUCAACUUCCCGGGGUGUGAAGACUUCAGCUGCUUGGCACCAGACCAAACUCACUUCCUCCUCAAACAACAGGAGAGGGCGCUCUGCAGGUCCCCUGCACAGACUGCAGAACUGAUCAAAGAUCAGGAAGUGCUUUUCAACCAGGUGGCUCUGAUCCAUGUGCUGGUGACAUUUAAGGAGAUGCUGCUGAAGUGCGACCUCAGUACGGGUCUGGAGUACCUGACGAAGGCAGCUGAGGCGUGUGCAGAGCAGAGUCUGCAGCAGCUGCUGAAGAGGCUGCACAUCAUCCUCUACCUCAGUCAGAAGAACCAAGAGCCCAGCCUCAAACUGCAGAAGCUGCAGCAGCUGGUGGCUGAGUGGCUGAACAGCAGGAAAGGGCAGAACACCUCAGAUAAAAUUCUUAUCAUCGUAUCAGUGACUGAUGGCAGCAGAUUAACAAUAAUCAGCAGCUUGAACCAGGUUACAGGUGCAGCUGCAGUUUGUCCAGAGCAGGAUGAGAAAAAGCUGAACGGUGCCGCUGUAGUCAGCAGUGUGCCUGACAGUGUGUGUGUGGUGGUGUACGAACAGGAUAUUGGCCCCAACUUCCCCUGGACCUGUUUCUCUCUGGUGGUUGAGUACGACCAUCCAGGCCAGUCUCCGUGGUCUGCGAUCUGUAGGGAGAGGAGCAUCAGCCACCUAACGUUCAACACCAGCGUCUGUGCUGCUGAGAAUACCUUGUGGUGUCUGGAGGACAAUGUGCCAUACGUGUUAUUCGUGACGGAGGGGCUUCUUAACUGUCCGCUGCUGCUGCAAACACUCGAGUCAGGGUUCAAUGUGACGGUGCUGGAGAGGAGCCACUCUCCUUCCCUGCAGAUGCUCGGGGGGAUCCACAACUACACGGUGAUCACAGUGGAUGAAAGCACCGCCAUUGUCAUUCAGCAGCAGGAUGAACUGUGUCACGAGCGAGCCAGUGAGGGGCUGGUGAUGAGGCUGACUGCUCUCUCUCUUCAGUACAGCUUGUGCUGGCUCAUUCUCCACUGCCCAGACAGUCAGGGAGGAGGAUUUUCCAGUGAAGCCUUCAACAACUUGGUGUUGGUCUAUUCAUCUCUGGUGCUGUUCAGCAUGAAGUCUGAGGAUCUGGAUGUGAAGGUGCUGAUAGUGUCGGAUCUUUUGGAAAUAGCAAAGUCCAUCAGUCGGAUUUGCUUCCACCGCCUGAUGUCCAGUGACAGAGAGCCUCUCAGCUUCCUGAAUAGAGACUGGCUGACUGUGAUGCCCUCACAGGAAGAAAAGAGCUUGUCACAGUUCCCUGGCAUCAACCCUCUGGUUGGACAGCUGAUGCUGAGCAGAGCUCCAUCCUUCCAGUGGCUCCUGGCGGCCUCUCUGUCUCAGCUCAAGGAGCUGCUCCCUGAGGUGCCACAUAAAGUGCUCAAGCUGUUCAGUGACACCACCUCCCUGUAUCCGCUGGCAGCAGAUCCAAAAUACCCUCAGACCUUUACCACUGAAAUAACCCAACAAAGCGGCCCACAGACCAAUACUGAUGAAUAUGAAAGCAUGAAGUCCCCCCAUCCAGACCUGCUCUGUAGCAACCAGAAUACCACCUUCCUGUUCGGAGUCACGGAUGCAGAGGAGAGCUUCUUUAAACAAGACCCGACACUCCAGGAUGGCAAUUCAGAUUUCAGACUUGACCUGAAUGAUUCUGUUGGCAGCCCAGAUGUUUAUUUCCAGGGAAGCUGGACCACGAGUGAUCCACGGAAAGAGGACGGGAAGCUUUCUGGCUGGAGGAGCCUACCCGGGGUGGUGGGGAGGGUUGUUGAAAGAUCAGUCAAUGAGUGGACGCACAGGGCUCCACCAAACGAUUACACCUUGUCUUUACACCCUGCUGACACUCCGUUCAAACUGGACUCCACCUUCAGUUCCAGUCCCAUCCUCCAGAAACCAGCCAGCACCCAAAUGUCCACAUACCCUACACUCUACAAUGACCUUUAUCCUCCCAGCCAGCACAGUUUGAGCCCACCUACAGGUGUCAUGUGGGGUCGAGGUUCAAUUGGUACCACCUGCUUCUCCAGGGAUGGAGGGAUGACAUCAUUUUCAGUGAACUACAGCUACAGAUGCUGGACAGGACGGGAGAGGAAGAGAAGUGCAGAGACGGCAGGCUUGGCUGGAUCAGUGUUGACACCACUGAAGAAGGAGGGGCGGCUGAGCUAUGAGAGGGUGCCCGGCAGAAGUGAUGGGCAGACCAGACUGAAAUUAUUUUAGGCAAGAAUGGGGGAGAAAAAAAAACAUGUAAUCUUAAAGUUUAGGCAUGUUUAGCCUGCAGUGUUUUAUUCAGAUUACAUUUUAGUUUCCUGACAAAAACAUCUAAAUUUUAGAUGUUUAUUCCAUAAGUAAUUGUACUUCUGUGAGUUCAUUUUUGUUAUCAAAAACGCUAUUAGUUAAAAAGAAUUAAUUGCAUUAAAGUUAAAAAAAAAAACAU